AUGUAUGCUAAAUGCAGAGAGGCAAUACAGAAGUCACUACCUCGGAACGGGUUCAUUUCGUGUACUACGGAUAUCUGGUCUUCGCCAAGUAACAAAGCUGUUAUCAGCCUCACCGGUCAUUGGCUAGACGAAAAUUGUGCUAGACAGCAUGCGAUUUUGAACUCCUGUGAAUUCCCUGGUUCCCAUACCGGUGAACGAAUUGGAAAAAUACACGGAAUAUUGGUGGACUGGAACAUACCUGUCUCGAGCCUGGUAGUUCUCGAUGCUCUCGACUCGCAAAAAGCAGUAAGAGACUUAAUUGCCGAAUCUCGUAACAUCGUUACCCAUUUCAAUCAUUCUCCGUUGGCUUGUGACAAGCUACUCGAAAUCCAGAAGAGAUACGAGCUAACGGAACAUAAACUCGUGCAAGACAUACGAACCAGGUGGAAUUCAACAUUUUAUAUGCUUCAGCGGCUGAAGGAUCAACGGCCAGCGGUAACCUACUACACCGGUGAGUUCAACAGCAUCAAAAAUUUGUCCGAAUGGGAAUGGAAUUUGAUCAGCCCUGUCUUAGAGUUGUUGGGUCCUUUCGAAGAAAUUACUCGUCUUAUUAGUAACGAAGACUCAUGCAUUUCGAAAGUUAUCCCUUAUGUAAUUGCCCUUCGAUCAUACCUGGAGAAGCCGAUUAAAAAACAAAAAUCUGUAGAAGCAACUAAGGAUGCAUUGCUCCGUAAUAUGAAGUCACAAUUUAGGCUCAUUCUGCAGGAAAGUGUCUUCACGUAUGCUACCGUCGUCGAUCCAAGAUUCAAGUUUAACUUUAUCCCAGAAGAAGAACGUGCUCCCUUGAAAGAUCAAAUAAUUGCCGAAAUUACUGAAUGUUCCCAAGAUGCUGUGAGGACAUCAGACGACUCGCCACUACCAGGACCUUCGUCAGCAAACGAAUUGGGCUCCAGUGGAUUCUGGGACUGUUUUGCUGAAAUUGGUGCAAAGCAACAUGAGGUUGCUAAUCAGACAUUGUCAGAUAAAAGUCGAGUUUGA